AUUCGAUCAAGACACAAGAAAUUUAACACCACGAAGAUUUGGAAACUAUUGAAAGAACUUGAAAAUGGCCACUCGUUGGGUUUUCAUGGUAACCAUACUUGUCAUUCUGUUGUGCGUAUGCCCAUCCCGUGGGGCACCCCUACGGGCUUCAGAUAAGCCAAGACAGCUGUACRCAUUCGUCCGAGAAGAAUCCUUCAGAUUGAUGCACCUUGUCAGCACCACUCACUUUGAGUUCGCGAAGGAACGAUUCAAGAAUGAAAACUACGAUCAUUUCAUUAGAUUACCGGGGAUCGAACCUGUUAUGGAUUAUGCCGCUUUAUCGGAGGAAGAAUUUCUCAAUGUACAAGUAGUUUUGUUCUACAAGUUCAAACAAAUGUUUCAAGAAAUCGUUGCCCACGAGUCCAAGAUUACCAGCCCUGGCAACUUUAAGGAUCAAUUCCAAGAAAUUACUAACAUGGUGAAUGAUAUCUUGGCGUGGCUUCGUCAUAUCCAAAAUGAUUUGAACUACCACKUGACGAACAGCAUGCCUGUGUAUCCCACCAUGCAACCAAAGGCAACCCAAAAGGAGCAGGAUGAGUGGACAUUGAUGGUGCUCAAAGAACUGAUGCUAAGCCUCUUGGCUCUGGAGCGAGGGUCACAAGAAAAGAUGGAGGCUUAGAUAGAAAGGAAUCGGACAAACCGGUUUAACCUGUUCAUUGUAUCAAUGCACUAUAACGUAGAGCACUAUGUUCUUAUUAUGAAAUCUACUGCAGCGCAGUUAAAUGAAUUAUUUUGUACGUAUUAUUAAAGCUCAUGACAUUCAAAUACCUUCGAGGCAAAGGCCCCGCAAUACUUAAUGGCCCCGCAACACUUAAUGGCUUCGCAACACUUAAUGGCUUCGCGACACUUCCAUGGCUUUCAACAGUAAAAUGAAUUCAUAUUUUUAUAUUUUUCGUGAAAAUUUCUGAAGAAAAAAUUUGUAUAAGCAAUAAAAAAGAAAUAUAUAUUUGUACAAGAAUAUUUUUGUAUUCAGUCAAACCUGCAUUCAGUUAUAAUGCAUUAGUUUUGUAACAAAUUUAAACCUUUUUGUAAUAAA